AUGGCAUCUCGGGGCGCCGCCAUCGUGCAGGAGCUGCAGAAGUUCACGACGUGCGACGUCUCGGACGCGCUGUGCAAGCUGGGGCGGCGGCGCGGCGGCUUCCUGCCGGGGCUGACGAUGUGGUCGCCGCAGCGCCAGGACGGGCCGACCCGCAUCGUCGGCCCCGCCUACACCGUCAAGUACGUGCCGCUCGACGACCCGGCGCCGAAGCACCCGACGCACUACAUCGACUCCGUCCCCGCCGGCGCCGUCGUCUUCAUCUCCUGCCCCCCGCGCACCGCCAACGCCGUCUACGGCGGCCUCAUGUCCGCCCGCGCCCGCGCCCGCGGCGCCGUCGGCUCUGUCGUCGACGGCCGCUUCCGCGACCUGCACGAGCAGCGCGAGCUUAACUACCCCAUAUUCGCCCGGGACGUGGGGACCGCGCCGCCGGGGCCCGUCCUCAAGGUGAGCGCGGUCGACGUGCCCGUGAAGCUGCAGCAAGGCGACGCCGACGCCGACGCCGACGACAUCGAGGUCCGCCCCGGCGACUACCUGAUCGGCGACGUCAACGGCGUCGUGGUGCUGCCCGCCGAGCUCGCCGAGCCCGCGCUGCCGCUCAUGCGCCGCCAGGUCGAGGCCGACGACCGCAUGGCCGCCGCCAUCCGGGACGGCAUGAGCUUCGUCGAGGCGAGCGCCAAGUUCCGAGGCUAG